AUGGGGCUCCCUAGUGGGCUUCUCGCGUCCCUCCUCCUCCGCUUCUUCCUCCUACUCCAGGUUUACUGGCUGCCGCGCGCGGCCUCCGAGCCGUGCCGGGCAAGCUUCGGGGAAGCUGAAGUGACCUUGGAGGCGCGAGGCGCGGAGCUGGAGCGGGGCCGGGCGCGGGGGAAUGUUUUCACGGACUGCCCUGGGCAAGAGUCGGCCCUGCUGACUGAUGGUGACUUCACUGUUCUGAACAACAAAACAAUCCAGGUAAAACACUCCUUGCAGGAAAGGAAAGCAUUGAAGAUCUCCCCAUCCAAACGUAUCUUGCGAAGACGCAAGAGAGAUUGGGUGGUCCCGCCAAUAUCUGUCCCUGAGAAUGGCAAGGGUCCCUUCCCCCAGAAGCUGCAUCAGCUCAAAUCUAAUAAAGACAGAGGCACCAAGAUUUUCUACAGCAUCACGGGGCCUGGGGCAGAUAGCCCCCCAGAGGGUGUCUUCACCAUAGAGAAGGAAACGGGCUGGUUGCUGUUGAAUAAACCACUGGACCGGGAGAAAAUUGCCGAGUAUGAGCUCUUUGGCCACGCUGUGUCGGAGAACGGUGCCUCCGUGGAAGAGCCCAUGAACAUCUCCAUCAUUGUAACAGACCAGAAUGACAACAAGCCCAAGUUCACCCAGGACGUCUUCAGAGGGAGCGUCUUGGAAGGGGUACUACCCGGCACUUCUGUGAUGCAGGUGACAGCCACGGAUGAGGACGAUGCCAUCAAUACCUACAAUGGGGUAGUUGCUUAUUCCAUCCAUAGUCAAGAGCCAAAGGACCUCAUGUUCACGGUCCACCGGAGCACAGGCACCAUCAGCGUCGUCUCCAGUGGCCUGGACCGGGAGAGAGUCCCUGAGUACACACUGACCAUCCAGGCUACGGACAUGAACGGGGACGGCUCCAGCACCACGGCUAUGGCCGUAGUGGAAAUCCUCGAUGCCAAUGACAACGCUCCUGUGUUUGAGCCCCAGAAGUACGAGGCCCGUGUGCCUGAGAACGCAGUGGGCCACGAGCUGCAGAGGCUGACAGUGACCGAUCUGGAUGCCCCCAACUCACCGGCAUGGCAGGCUACCUACCGCAUCGUGGAAGGUGACAACGGGGACCAUUUUACCAUCACCACCCACCCUGAGAGCAACCAGGGUAUCCUGACAACCAAGAAGGGCUUGGAUUUCGAGGCCAAAAACCAGCACACCCUGUACGUUGAAGUGAUCAACGAGGCUCCCUUUGUGGUGAAGCUCCCAACCUCCACGGCCACCAUAGUGGUCCACGUGGAGGAUGUGAAUGAGCCGCCCGUGUUCGACCCACCCUCCAAAGUCAUCGAGGUCCAGGAGGGCAUCUCCGUCGGCGAGCCUGUCUGCACCUACACCGCGCAGGACCCGGACAAGGGGAGUCAGAAGAUCAGCUACCACAUCCUGAGAGACCCGGCAGGGUGGCUAGCAAUGGACCCAGACAGUGGGCAGGUCACUGCUGCAGGGGUCUUGGACCGUGAGGAUGAGCAGUUUGUGAGGACCAACAUCUACGAAGUCAUGGUCUUGGCCACGGACAAUGGGAGCCCUCCCACCACUGGCACGGGGACCCUCCUGCUAACACUGAUGGAUGUCAACGACCAUGGCCCAGUCCCUGAACCCCGUCAGAUCACCAUCUGCAACCAAAGCCCUUUGCCUCAGGUGCUGAACAUCACAGACAAGGACCUGUCCCCCCACACCUCCCCUUUCCGGGCCCGGCUCACACACGACUCGGACAUCUACUGGACGGCAGAGGUCAAUGAGAAAGGAGACACAGUGGCCUUGUCCCUGAAGAAGUUCCUGAAGCAAGACACAUACGACGUGCACCUUUCUCUGUCCGACCACGGCGACAAGGACCAGCUGACGGUGAUCAGGGCCACCGUGUGUGACUGCCACGGCCACGUGGAGACCUGCCCUGAACGCUGGAAGGGGAGUUUCCUCCUCCCCAUCCUGGGUGCUGUCCUGGCUCUGCUGUUCCUCCUGCUGGUGCUCCUGUUUUUGGUGAGAAAGAAACGGAAGAUCAAGGAGCCCCUUCUGCUCCCAGAAGACGACACCCGUGACAACGUCUUCUACUACGGCGAAGAGGGGGGUGGCGAGGAGGACCAGGACUAUGACAUCACCCAACUCCACCGGGGCCUGGAGGCCCGGCCUGAGUUGGUUCUCCGCAACGAUGUGGCACCAACCUUCAUCCCCACACCCACAUACCGUCCACGGCCAGCCAACCCAGAUGAAAUCGGCAACUUCAUCAUCGAGAACCUGAAGGCGGCCAACACGGACCCCACGGCCCCGCCCUAUGACUCCCUGUUGGUGUUCGACUAUGAGGGCAGCGGCUCCGAUGCCGCCUCCCUGAGCUCGCUCACCUCCUCAGCUUCCGACCAGGACCAAGACUACGACUAUCUGAACGAAUGGGGCAGCCGCUUCAAGAAGCUGGCAGACAUGUAUGGCGGGGGCCAGGACGACUAG